UACUUUUUUAUUUGUCAAUGAGAAAUCGCUAAACUCUGCUGACGUCCGGGAACCGCCUCGGGUCGGCAAAAUGGCGGGAAGCCAUGAAAAGGACUGUAGAAGCUGCGGUCCGGGAACUCCGGGAGUGAGGAGAUUGUAUUUUUCUUUCUUGUGAAGACGGAUGGUACCUGUUCCGCAACGGGAACUUAUGAGAACCAUCUGCCCGGGUCUCCGGCCGGAAGCUGGCCAAUGGGGGAAGCUCAGCGUCCGCUGUCCUGGGCCUUCUGGGAAAUGUAGUUCCGGUGCUCGGAAUAGUCUGAGCCGCUUCCACCCAGGAGAGGGAGACAGUGCCACCAUCUUUUCGGUCAGAAAGGGAAGUCCCUUGAAGAGAAACGAGAUCAGGGCUCCGGGCCCUUCGGUUGCAUCCUUCAGGAAAGAGAGGGACAAGAGACGGGAGCGACGUGCAGUCUCAUCUCACUGCAUGCUUUUCUUCGCCCCGGAGGCGGUAACAUUCAAGGAUGUGGCUGUGGUCUUCACCACUGAAGAGCUGGGGCUGCUGGACUGUACGCAGAGGAAGCUGUAUGAAGACGUAAUGGUGGAGAAUUUUAAGAACCUGGUCGCAGUGGGGCAUCUUCCUUUCCAACCAGACAUGGUUUCCCAGUUGGAAGCAGAAGAAAAGCUCUGGAUGAUGGAAACAGAAACCCAGAGAAGUAACAUGAAUCAAAAUGAGAUGGAGACUCUUCGAAAAUUUGCAUUGAAAUAUCUUUCAAAUGAAGAGCUAUCCUGCUGGCAAAUCUGGAAACACGUCGCCAGUGAAUUAACCAGGUGUCUUCACAGGACACCUUCCCAACUGCUACAAGGUGGUUGCGUUCAAGUUUCUGAAAAUGACAACAGCGCUAAGUAUCAUAAAAGAGAUCGCUCCAGGUACACCGAAAAUCAAGAGUUUUCAGUGUCAAGAACCCAGUGUCCCUCCCAAAGUGAGUACCUGAUCGAGUCACAGAACCAGAACAGAGAUAAGCAAACCAACGUGAAGAACAGCCUGCGCGUGUGUGAGGAUACGAUGCAGAAAGCACUGGGUGAGCAAAUGAACUGCGCCCCAGAGCGGAAAGCCUGCCGACGUAGUGAGCGUGGCGCGAGCGUGGGUGAUGGCCGCAGUCAGCUGGAGCCCUCAGGAGAGCCACUUCUUCCAUGUGAGUGGGGAAGGGGCUUCCGUCACGGCUCAGUGCUUCCGCAGGGGGCUCAGGCGCUGGAGCGACGCUCCCGUCAAAGCCCACACCUGCAGUCUCACCUGAGCGUUCACCCAGGGGAGAAACUGGACGAAGGCCACGAGCCCGGUGCCUGCUCCGGCAAGAGCCGUUUUCUUUCUCAUCCGUCGAAUCACACAGGCGAGAAGUCCUACAGGUGCGACAGUUGUGGCAAGGGAUUCAGUAGCAGCACAGGUCUCAUCAUCCAUUACAGAACUCACACUGGAGAGAAACCCUAUAGAUGUGAGGAGUGUGGUAAAUGCUUUAGUCAAAGUUCAAAUUUUCAGUGCCAUCAGAGGGUCCACACGGAGGAAAAACCGUAUAAAUGUGAAGAGUGCGGUAAGGGCUUCGGGUGGAGUGUUAAUCUCCGCGUCCACCAGAGGGUCCACAGAGGUGAGAAACCCUAUAAAUGUGAGGAGUGCGGUAAGGGCUUCACUCAGGCUGCACAUUUUCACAUACACCAGAGAGUCCACACCGGGGAGAAGCCGUACAGAUGUGACGUGUGCGGUAAGGGCUUCAGCCACAAUUCCCCGUUGAUAUGCCAUCGGAGAGUCCACACCGGCGAGAAGCCCUACACAUGUGAGGCGUGCGGGAAGGGCUUCACCCGGAAUACGGAUCUUCACAUCCAUUUCAGAGUCCACACAGGAGAAAAACCCUACAAGUGUAAGGAGUGUGGGAAGGGCUUCAGCCAGGCCUCCAAUCUCCAGGUCCAUCAGAAUGUCCACACGGGGGAGAAGCGAUUCAAAUGUGAAACCUGUGGGAAGGGCUUCAGUCAGUCCUCAAAGCUUCAAACCCACCAGAGGGUCCACACUGGGGAGAAGCCCUACAGAUGUGACGUGUGCGGGAAGGACUUCAGCUACAGUUCAAAUCUUAAACUGCACCAAGUGAUUCACACUGGAGAGAAACCAUAUAAAUGCGAGGAGUGUGGGAAGGGCUUCAGCUGGAGGUCAAAUCUUCACGCUCACCAGCGGGUCCACACGGGAGAGAAACCCUACAAAUGCGAAGAGUGCGAGAAGAGCUUCAGUCAGGCUAUUGAUUUUCGAGUCCAUCAGCGAGUCCACACCGGAGAGAAGCCGUACAAAUGUGGUGUGUGCGGCAAAGGCUUCAGCCAGUCCUCUGGCCUGCAGUCCCAUCAGAGAGUCCACACCGGAGAGAAGCCCUACAGAUGUGAAGUGUGUGGUAAGGGCUUUCGGUACAGCUCACAGUUUAUUUACCAUCAGAGAGGCCACACCGGAGAGAAACCCUACAGAUGUGAGCAGUGCGGGAAGGGCUUUGGGAGAAGCUUGAACCUUCGCCACCAUCAGAGGGUCCACACGGGAGAGAAGCCUCACAAGUGUGAGCAGUGCGGGAAGGCCUUCAGUCUCCCCUCAAAUCUUCGGGUUCAUUUGAACGUUCACACUAGGGAGAAACUCUUUAAAUGUGAGGAGUGUGGGAAGGGCUUCAGUCAAAGUGCACGUCUUCAAACUCACCAGAGAGUCCACACCGGGGAAAAACCAUACAAAUGUGAUGAGUGUGGUAAAGACUUCAGUCACCGUUCCCGUCUUGCAUACCAUCAGAAAGUCCACACUGGCAGAAAGCUCUAGAAAUGAGAGGUUUAUUGAUGAAUCUUAUUGGAAUACACACCUUCAUGGUUUGAGAAAGUCCAUGCUGGUGAUAAACUUUAUAAAAAUAACAAGAGUAGUAUUUCUUCAGACUCAGAAUCUUAACAUAUCCUUUAAAAUGAUGACAUAGAAACAGUAACAGGACUACUAUAUUUAAGGAAGUAGAGAUUGCUGUCCUCUUAGCAAUAUACAUGUAAUACAGAUGACCUUUCAGUGUGACGCUGGUAAUGUACAAAAGGGUAUUUGUCACGUGCUAAGUAGUUAUUUCAAUUUUUCGGUCAGGGAGGGUUGUGCGUUAUUUGUCUUUUUUACACCGGACACUGACCAUUUAUAUCAAAACUAUAAAGCUAUGAAAAACGAAUAAAAUUACUAAGUGUUCUGUAGCUAAGGACUCAUAAUGUGAUACUAUUUCAUGUGGUAUAGUGGGUUAACAUGAAAGAGCAGAUCCCCAGCGAUGAAUCUUGGAUCUUCAAAAGUAAAUUUGUACCACAGAUGUGUAUGAAAAGUUGUCUAUGGCUUUAUUGGUUUAGUAGGAAUGAGAAAUAAUCAGUUGGAUUGCCACAGUAUUUUAUGCUUUAUCAGCCAACGGAACACUGUACAAACAUCUAAGAAGAGGAGGUAAAUUUGUAGUUACAGAGGCUGGACAGUGUCUGGAAUAUAUUAACCUGUUCCCGUCUACCUCACAAGCACAAGGACCUGAGUUCGAUCCCCACUACCAAAAAAAAAAAUUCUAUGGAAUAUAUUAACCUGGAAAAGCAAAAAGCAUUAGAUUUUUUGUGAUCCUAUUUAAAAGAAAGGUGUAGAUAUGUAUUUACUUACAUUUAUCUCUAAAUGAUGCAAGUUCGAUUCAUAUAUAUUUUUAUAUUUCUAGACACUGUAUUUUAAAAUUGAGACAUUACAAAUUUGUAAGAAAUAUUGUAAAAUCUCUGUACCCUUGAUCCAGAUAUCACACAAUUCUCAUUCUGUCCAUAUUAUGUUUUGUUUUUUUUGGUUCAGGAAUUGAACUCGGGUCCUUGUGCUUGCAAGGCAGGCAGC